CACUGUGGGAGACCGCACUGUCUUCAGUGAAUGCCCACAGCAGAUGCCACGAGGUUCUGAAGCAGGGCACUGCUGUCUGUCCAGGGACUCCGACAUGCCUGACAGCAGAGACGAUCAGCAGCAGGGCGCCAGCAUGGGACCCACCCAAGACAACUCGCAAACUGGCUCCUUAACUGAUGGUCGGACACUCCCCAAAGAGUCCCCAAGCCAUGGUCUUGAGUUCUCCGCUCCAGAGAAGACCAGGGCUGCCUCGUUGGAUGCAGCAGAGGAAGCGCUAUGGACCACUCGGGCGGACGGGAGAGUGCGCCUACGCCUGGAACCUUUCUGCACGCAGCUUCCCUAUACCGUGCACCGGAUGUUCUACGAGGCCCUGGAUAAGUACGGGAACCUCAGUGCUCUGGGCUUCAAGUACAAGAACAAGUGGGAGCGCAUCUCUUACUACCAGUACUACCUGAUUGCCCGCAAGGUAGCCAAAGGCUUCCUGAAGCUGGGCCUGGAGCGCGCCCACAGCGUGGCGAUCCUCGGCUUCAACUCCCCAGAAUGGUUCUUCUCUGCCGUGGGCACGGUGUUUGCAGGGGGCAUCGUCACUGGCAUCUACACCACCAGCUCCCCUGAGGCCUGCCAGUACAUUGCCCACGACUGCCGUGCCAACGUCAUUGUGGUUGACAGUCAGAAGCAGCUGGAAAAGAUCUUGAAGAUCUGGAAAGACUUGCCCCAUCUAAAGGCAGUGGUGAUCUACCAAGAACCCCCUCCACAGAAGAUGGCCAACGUGUACACGAUGGAAGAACUCACGGAACUGGGGCAAGAAGUACCCGAGGAGGCCUUAGACGCCAUCAUUGAUGCCCAACAGCCCAACCAGUGCUGCGUGCUUGUCUACACAUCAGGCACCACUGGAAACCCGAAGGGCGUGAUGCUGAGUCAGGACAAUAUCACAUGGACAGCACGGUAUGGCAGUCAGGCCGGGGACAUCCAGCCAGCAGAAGUCCAGCAGGAGGUAGUGGUCAGCUACCUGCCUCUCAGCCACAUUGCUGCCCAGAUCUACGACCUGUGGACGGGCAUCCAGUGGGGGGCCCAGGUCUGCUUUGCAGAUCCAGACGCCCUAAAGGGGAGCCUGGUGAACACACUGCGGGAGGUGGAGCCCACAUCCCACAUGGGCGUGCCGCGCGUGUGGGAGAAGAUCAUGGAACGGAUCCAGGAGGUGGCUGCCCAGUCUGGCUUCAUCCGGCGCAAGAUGCUGCUGUGGGCCAUGUCAGUCACCCUGGAACAGAAUCUAACCUGCCCUAGCGAUGACCUGAAGCCCUUCACAAGCAGACUGGCUGAUUACCUAGUGUUAGCCAGGGUCCGUCAGGCUCUGGGCUUUGCCAAGUGUCAGAAAAACUUCUACGGAGCAGCUCCCAUGACUGCAGAGACACAACGCUUCUUUCUGGGCCUCAACAUUCGCCUGUAUGCAGGCUACGGCCUCAGUGAGAGCACAGGCCCCCACUUCAUGUCCAGCCCCUACAACUAUCGGCUUUAUAGCUCCGGCAGGGUGGUGCCUGGCUGCCGGGUAAAGCUGGUGAAUCAGGAUGCAGACGGCAUUGGUGAGAUCUGCCUGUGGGGCCGCACCAUCUUCAUGGGCUAUCUGAACAUGGAGGACAGGACAUGUGAGGCCAUUGAUGCCGAAGGCUGGCUCCACACAGGUGACAUGGGCCGCCUGGAUGCUGAUGGCUUCCUCUACAUCACUGGGCGCCUCAAAGAAUUAAUCAUCACUGCGGGUGGGGAGAAUGUGCCCCCGGUGCCCAUUGAGGAGGCUGUGAAGACAGAGCUGCCUAUAAUCAGCAGUGCCAUGCUGAUUGGGGACCAGAAGAAGUUCCUGUCCAUGCUGCUAACCCUGAAGUGCACGCUGGACCCAGAAACGUCUGAGCCAACUGACAAUCUGACAGAGCAAGCUGUGGAAUUCUGCCAAAGGGUGGGCAGCAGGGCCACCACCGUCUCCCAGAUCGUGGGCCAGAGGGAUGAGGCUGUGUACCAGGCCAUCCAUGAAGGGAUCCAGAGGGUGAACUCGAACGCGGCAGCCCGCCCCUACCACAUCCAGAAGUGGGCCAUUCUUGAACGUGACUUUUCCAUUUCCGGUGGAGAACUGGGGCCCACCAUGAAAUUGAAACGACUCACAGUUCUGGAGAAGUACAAAGAUACCAUCGAUUCCUUUUAUCAAGAGCAGAAACAGUAGUCAGGAGCCACGUUUGCAGCUUUGGCUGGAGUACGGCUGGAGUACCCUGAGCUCCAGGUGUCUCCCUCUGGGCACAGCAACCUCUGAGAAGCUGCUUUCACCCUUGGUUCAGGGCACAGCACUGACAUUUCCCAUACCCUCAAGUGCAAAUAGUUUAGAUUCUAACCGCUGCUCCUGUUCAGGUGUCAAACAAGAUCAUUCUCCUUCCAAAGGGGAAAGACUGCUCAUUUUGGCCUCAGGUCCGGGCAGAUUUACAAGGUCCUAGUUCCCAGGUCUAGCAGGGCUGGCUGCUGGAGAGGGGAAGGGAUGGCAUUCCCAUGACUAAUGUGUCCUGCGCAGACAGCAGGCACAGCUCGCCUGGCGGCCUGGCCUAACUCUGCCAUCUUCUUGGAAACUCUGCCACCUCACACACAAUAGGCUUGACACUUAAUAAACUGCCACUGCCUAUGUGACUGUAUUUAAUGUGUAAUUUUGAGUAUUAAACCUUUUAACAGACCUGCAACAAGAA